AUGGCACGCUCUUAUCUAACCCUCACUAUCUUGAUCGCUGUACUGGUAAUUAACAUGUUUUCUCUCAACGAGCCAAAGCAAACCGUUAAUGAGAACCGUGAGCCGACAAAUGCAAACGUCGUUAAUCAAAAUGACAUGGUCAAAAAUGGGUCGCCAGGAGAAGAGAUAACACAUCGGACGGAAUCGAGUGUAGAUGUCGAGUUCUACAUUUGGGACCGAGAUGAAGAUGUGAACAAACAAGCAGAAUAUGCCGCAUCUGAGGAUCAGACAAUUCGACUUGGCUAUCGGAUCCAGAUAAAUGGUUUCCGCUGUUUCACAGCGGUUCGCAUAAAAUGCCAUGCUAAUGAGGGAGUUCGAUUGGAAAACAUGAAAGUUACGGCAGUCGGUCCUGGAACAAAUUCCUCCAGUGGUGCUGACAACAACUCAUUAUCCGCACAAAAUGAGUUUGAAAGAUGCGUGGACCUGGGGGAUCUGUGUGCCACAGGAAACGCCGACAGUUGGAUAUCAGAGAUCGCUCUCUGCAAUCGCACUUUCAAUGAAAUUCGAUUCGGAGACAAUUGUUUGGUCGAGUUGAAUGAAGUCAAGUCAAUCAGUCAGUUCGAUGACACAGGACGGAACAAACUGCAAAUCACACCGAACAAAACAGAUGAAAAAAAUUCCCAACAUGACGGGACGGGAAAUCAGAGCAACAUAACGAUUUCCGUGAGAAUGUCUGAUGCCGAAAAGGAACAAAACAAUACAUAUUUCAACUUAACUUUUCGAGUGGAAGACAAACUAUGUGGUGAAAACUUGGAAUUUGAAAUCGAGGCGCAGGCCGAGUACGAAGCUGUAUUGAACAUAAAGACACAAGCAAAAAAGUCGGAUGUCUAUCCCAGAGAUAACGUUACAUUUGUGCUGCGGGUGGCGCAAAACCAGGACUCACAGUUGGAGUGCAAAGCCGUGCGAGUAACUCUGCACCACAGUGAAUGGAUCAAAAGUGUAAAAAUUUCCAAUUCCAGUAACCAGCUGCUCCUGAAUAUCACGCAGUCACAUAGACUGACUGAAAUAGUGAUCGGCAAAAUGCAUUUUUCGGAUGAAUGGCAAAUAAUGGCGAAUGAAGAGUUCAUGGACCGGUUUACUCUCUCUAAUGGCGACCACGUGAAAACUUUGCCGAUGAAGAUGCAGGUGGUUUGCGUGGUCUAUAAUCACAUUCCGCUUGUGAAAGAUGCCCUGUUCAAUGCUACAAUCAACAUCACUUUGUAUAUCAAUAAAGGUUAG